UUCAUCUUCGAUUCCAUUUCUAAAAUGCUGUCGCUGCCAACGGAAUUCCGAGUUCUCGAGACCUCUCACGUCGCUCCUCCGCCGGGAUCGGUGCCAGAAUCCUCCCUCCCCCUCACCUUUUUCGACAUGAUCUGUCUCUACGCCGGGCCAGUGCAACGUGUUUUCUUCUAUUCUUUCCCCUACUCCACCUCCCACUUCAUCGACUCCCACCUCUCCACCCUCAAGUCCGCUCUCUCCCUCGCCCUCCAAGACUUCUACCCCCUCGCCGGAAAAAUCCGCCCUACUCAUGGGAGCCACAGCCAGUUCGAGAUCCGCUACGCCGAGGGCGACGCUGUUCCCUUCGCCGUCGCCGAGCACGACGGAGACUUUGACGACCUCUCGAGAAGCAACCCACGCGAAUACACCAGGAUACAACCAUUAAUUGCCCAGCUGCCGGAGCCCACAGACGAUGGCCAGCGGCCGGUGAUGGCGGUGCAGGUGACUCUGUUCCCAAACAGAGGCUUGGCUUUGUCCGUCACCGUCCACCACUCUGCCUGCGACGGCUCAAGCUCCACCCGGUUCCUGUCGUCGUGGGCUUGUAGAGCUUCCGGAUGCGAGAAGGAGGCGCCGGCGCCGCCCUCCUUCGACCGGAGCUCAGUUCCGGACCUUAAUGACGCGUACUCCAAGUUUUUCAGCAGCCUUGCCGCCGACGCGCAGAACAUGGAAUCUAUGAUGGUCCAAUUCUCGCCGCCUAACGCAGUCAUCGGCACGGUGACGCUCACCGCCGACGACCUUCGGAAGCUAAAGGAGAUGGUUUCCUCCAAAGUGAACAACUCCGCUUUCCGCUGCUCCAACAUCGUAGCGACCUACGCUUACGCGUGGGUUUCCCUCGUCAAAGCGCGAGGGCACAACGCGGACACAACUGUGCACAUGGCGUUCCCCGGAAACUGCAGGGAGCGGAUUCAGCCGCCGCUGCCGGCGGAAUACUUCGGCAACUGCAUCGGCGGCAACUUCGCCCAUGCGAAGGCCAUCGACCUCGCGGGGGAAGAUGGGGUGGCGGCGGCUGCUCGACUCAUCGGGGAAGCCAUCGAACAGUUUAAGGAGGACCCGCUGAAGGACGCAGACAAGUGGCCGGAGAAUUACCAGGCGCUCGCGCUGCAGAGGCCGCUGAGCGUUGCGGGGUCACCGGGUUUCAAGGUUUACGACGUGGAUUUCGGGUGGGGAAGGCCGGUGAAGGUGGACAUGCCGUCGAUAACGUGGGCAGGAGCCAUUUCGUUGUCCGAGAGCAGAGACGAGAGCGGCGGAGUGGAGAUCGGUUUGGUGGCGACCAAGACUGAGAUGGAUGAGUUUUUGGCUCACUUCUCAAAUGGUCUAAAACUGCUGCAGUGAUUCGACAGUCGCCAUGGCUUGGAUUUAAGAUCUCACGAGUUUCAGAAGAAUUAAUGGUUGCAGUUUCUUUUUACUUCUCCACCUACGAAUUAUGCCUUAUCAUUUCUGCCGUGUUCUAUAGAAAAAAGAGGAUUCCUUCCUAUAUAUUUUCGAUUAUAUCUCAGUGAUCGUAUUGGAAAACAUGGUUUUCAAUGCCUAA